GAUCCUUGUGUAUAUCUACUGGAGCCAGGUUACUCUCUGGGUCCUGGACCCAACUUUCUCAUUCUGGAGGCUUCCAGACAGCCACGGGUAGUGCCCAAACCUGAGAGGAUGACUUCAAAUGGAGCAUCUCCAUUGCCUGGACCAGAUAUGACCAUGAAACCUGGCACUGCCUUGUCUCCUUUCACCGCACUUCCCAUUCCCCCAUCUGCUCCUGGCCCACCAGAACUACCACCCUGGGAUCUGUCUCCACAGCCCCCCAUGCCUUCAGCUUUCUCUCCAGGAAACCCUCUGAUGCUCUCUGCUUUCCCCAAUCCAUUGUUGGUGACAGGGGAGGGGGGCCCUGGCCAUGGUGGGACUGAAGCUGGCAAGAUCAUUUUCAAAGUCAAGACAGAAGUGAGGGCAGCUGAGCCCUCUCAAACUCAGAACUUGAUCCUUACUCAGACUGCCCACAAUUGGAUUGCCUCAGGUGCUCCCUGCGGGGGCCCCGAAGGCCCUUCCCCUCAAUUUGUGACUGCCUCUAACUUGAAGACCCUUCUGCCCACUGAGGCUGUUGGGGUGAGCCAGGAGAGCCUCCCCGGCCUUCCUGCUCAGGUUCCGGCACCAGCUGCCCAACUGGCCCCCAUCGUGCCUCUGGAAAAGGCUUGGCCAGGGCCACAUGGAGCAACCGGAGGAGAAAGAGGCCUGCCAGUGGCCCAGUCCAAGCCGUCACCCGGGGACCUCUCCUAUACUUCCAAGGGUGUUUAUGAGAACUUCCGACGCUGGCAGCGCUACAAAGCCUUGGCCCGGAGGCACUUAUCCCAAAGUCCUGAUGCAGAAGCUCUUUCUUGCUUUCUUAUCCCCGUGCUUCGUUCCCUGGCCCGGCUGAAGCCCACUCUGACCCUGGAGGAGGGGCUGCCACGGGCGGUGCAGGAGUGGGAUCGCACCAGCAACUUUGACCGGAUGAUCUUCUAUGAGAUGGCAGAAAAGUUCAUGGAGUUUGAGGCCGAGGAGGAGAUGCAGAAUCAGAACAGGCAGCUGAUGAAUGGGUCCCAGGGCCUGCCUCCUGCAGCCCCUCUGAAACUGGAUCCUCCAGGGCCCCGGGCCCCUGAGGUUUGCCAGCAGCCAGUGUACAUUCCCAAGAAGGCGGCCUCCAGGGCACGGGCUCCUCGCCGGCGGCAGCGCAAAGCCCGGCCUCCAGUUCCGGAGGCCCCCAGGGAAAUCCCACCCGAAGCCGUGAAAGAGUAUACUGACAUCAUGGAAGGGCUGGUGGGGAGUCACUUGGCCACGGGAGAGGCAGAUGGAAGACAGGAAGAGGAAGAGCUGCAGCAGGAGGAAGGGAUGUAUCCAGACCCAGAUCUCCUGAGCUACAUGGAUGAGCUGUGUUCUCACGAGGUCUUUGUCUCCAAGGUGGAGGCUGUCAUUCAUCCUCAAUUUCUGGCAGAUCUAUUGUCCCCAGAACAACAGAGGGACCCCUUAGCCUUAAUGGAGGAGCUGGAGCAAGAAGAAAGACUCAGUCUUGCCCAGCUGGUCCAGAAGCGACUCCUGGCUUUGGAGGAGGAAGAGGAUGCGGAGGCAGCUCCAAGCUGCACUGGAGCUCAACUGGACUCAAGUCCUGUUUCCGAUGAGGAUGAAGAUGGGGGUGGGCGGCUUCGGCCCUCACCUGGGCUUCGGGUGGCUGGGGGCACUGCUUGCCUUGGGAAGGCUGCUUCUCCAGGAAAGUGGGCCAGAGAAGUGCGUGGCAGGCAGGAACGGCCCCUAGAUGGCCCGCGGGGCAUGUGCAGGGAUGGGAACACCCUGCCAUCCCCCAGCAGCUGGGACUUGCACACUGAACUUGCAGCUCCGCAGGGAACUCGAGGGCCCUUAGGUACAGAGAGAAGAGGGCCAGGGAAGAUUACAAACCAGCUACCCCCACCUCAAGAUGACUACCGGGGAGGUGCUGGGUCCCCUGGGCACUCCCUGGUGGCUGAUGGGACUUCCAAGGCUCUGGCCCUUUGCUGGCAGGAAGACCCCCCGCUGGAGAUAGUCCCCGGUUUGGAUGCUGCACUCACAGAGCCAGCUCCUCUGCAAGGACAGGGGUUAGCAAAGCAGGUCCUGGGGUUGCAGACAGGACAACAGAUAGGGGGUGUUGGGGUGCUGCCUCAAGGGAAGGCACUGUUAGCAGUGUCCCAGGAAAACUCCUUGGGAGCCAUGUGGGGAGAUGACAGAGGGCCCCCUAUGGUUCAGAGUUAUGAGCAGAGCCCUUCCCCUAGAGCAGCUGGGGACAAGGACGAGGGUGGGGCCGCUUUCAGUCCAGGACUUUGGCUCAGCAGGGAGAUGGAUGCCCUAGGCUUAGAGUUGCCCUUACAAAAUGAGGUCACAGGGAACUUCCAUGGUGGGGAAUGUGUAUCUGAGCACCAGGGAGGCGGCCAGGCACUGGGCUCCAGAAGCAACAUUUCUCUGGGUCCUGGAGAAACCACAGCACCUGGGGGUGUGGGGAGCAGUGAGGUUCCCUGCGGAGGCACAGGUGCCCUAGAAAAGAGAAACUACAGUGUGGCCUUGAGGCCUAAAAAAAAUAGAGAACAGAGUCUUGAGACCAUACAGGAUCCCAGUGAUCUGUGGGCUGAAGACUGUCCUCCGUUGCUGGAAGGCAGUCUUGAUGCCUCCACGCUGGUUUCCAAAGCAACCCUCCUGCCUGCUUGUCAAGGCAAUACCCUUAUCUUGGGGACCCGGGACGCCGCCUCCUUCCCCGAGGCCGAAACCGGGAACAGAGGCAGUUCCAUUUCUCUGUUGGAAACCAUAGAUUACAGCAACAUACUAGAUGUUAGAGAUGGCUGUGGCCUCCAGUACGGGGUCAGUGAGGAUACCUGCCUACUAAAUUCUAAUUCCUGUCACCCUCAAGGAGAGGGCAGGGAGGACACUGAUUUGUUGAAUCCUAAACACUUUGCUCCCUUACCAGGGAAUCAAGAGUCUUAUGUACCCGGGCCCCCCAAACCAACAUCUCCUCCCCGGGUCCUUGGGAGAACUUCCCCUAGAUGGGGAACCAGGGCGGCCUCAGUUCUGAAAGAAGCCUCUCCCGUUAGUGAAACAUGCAGCACAGCAGAUGGGCCCAGAGGGGGGGAGGAGGAAGAGGAGGAGGAUGAGGAACUCUCUUGCUUUGCCUACCUCUUGGCCUCUAAACUGAGCCUGUCGCCAAGGCGUCCUCCUCUGGGUCCUCACCCUGCUUCAGGCCUGUCCUCUCCAGGAGGUCAGGGGGUCCAGAGACCAUCUCGCUCCCUCUCUGCGGAGGCAAGAGGCUCUGGCCAUCCUCCAUACCCUGUUGCCAAGCCUAGGAAACGAGCUCUAGUUGCAGGUCCAGUCCCUGCUGAAAAGAAGCCCCACCCGGGAGCUGAACCUGUGGUCUCUGGGGAAAAACCCCUGGCUCGACCCUCACAGCCUCGUAAAAGGCGGCGUGACAGUUUGGGCACAGGAAGAAGGAAGAAACGCCGCCGCACCCAGUAG